AGAAGAUGGCGCCUCACAUCCUCAGCAUCUUCAGUCUGCAACAGCUGCCUGAGGAGGAACAGACACCUUUCUGAACCUUCUGGGGAGUGACACGGGGUGCAGCGGGGAACCCGCUCUGAGAGCCCCGUUGCGGGACUCGUGAGUCCGAUCUGCACUUUAGUGCGUUUCCUGCGCACACUCCCCCCCGUACUUUUGGCAUUUUCUUCUUUCCAAUGGAGCAGGAGUGGAACUAAAAAAAAGAAAACUUUAUUGAUACAGCAAACCGUGUCCACUCAGGGUCAUGGAGAGCGCCAGUGUUAAGCCUGUGCUUGCGGGCAGCAGACAUGCUGAGCAAUCCACGGUGGAUACAGUUGCCAAGUACCAUAAAAGCCGUCAAGAACUGAUGCUCAAGCUAACGGAAGGACAGAACGUCUUGUGCUGUUGGACUGAUGGGCUCUAUUACCUUGGGAAGAUCAAGAGGGUGAGUGGUUCCAAACAGAGUUGCCUGAUGACCUUUGAAGACAACUCCAAGUACUGGGUGCUUUGGAAAGACAUCCAGCAUGCUGGUCUCCCUGGUGAAGAGCCAAUGUGUAACAUCUGCCUGGAAAAGACAACAGCCCCCCUGAAUGACAUACUGAUAUGCGGGAAAUGUGGACUUGGUUACCACCAGCAAUGCCAUAUCCCAGUGGUGAGCAGCGAUGAGAGUUCCUUGGAGUCAACUUGGUUCUGUCGGAGGUGCAUCUUUGCCCUGGCUGUACGGAAGGGUGGAGCCCUGAAGAAGGGCCCCAUUGCGAAGACGCUGCAAAGGAUCAAGAUGGUGCUGUCCUAUAACCUGGAGGAGCUGGAAUGGGACUCUCCCCACAGAACCAAUCACCAGCAGUGUUACUGCUACUGUGGCGGCCCUGGCGAGUGGUACCUGAAGAUGCUGCAAUGUUACCGCUGCCAACAAUGGUUCCAUGAAUCCUGCACACAGUGCCUUAGCAACCCAAUGAUGUUUGGAGACCGGUUUUACAUUUUCUGCUGCUCGGUGUGUAAUCAGGGCCCAGAGUACAUCAAACGUUUGACUUUGAGAUGGGUGGAUGUCGUGCAUCUUGUACUCUACAACCUGGGUGUCCAAAGUAAAAAGAAAUACUUUGACUUUGAUGAAAUCUUGACCUUUGUCAAUCAGCACUGGAACCUUCUGCAGCUUGGGAAGCUGAAGCACACUCCCGUGGCGGAGAGAGGCCCCCACCUCCUUAACGCACUAAACAGCUACAAAAGCAGAUUUCUGAAUGGGAAGGAAAUCAAGAAGAAGAAGUGCAUUUUCCGAUUGCGCGUCCGAGUCCCACCAAACCCACCAGGCAAACUCUUGCCAGGGAAGGUCCCAGGGCCGGCUGAUGGUCAACCUUCUGAGCCGAAGAAAACAGAGAAGUCCUUCCACAAAAGCAGUUCGACGCUGCACAAUCUACAGAAGAAGAAGAAGGCGAAAAAGUCAAAGUUCCUCUUGGAGGAUGCGAUUCCCAGUAGUGAUUUUGCCUCUGCUUGGAGCACCAACCAUCACCUGGCGAGCAUCUUUGACUUCAAUGUGGACGAAAUCCAGAGCUCGAAAAGCGGAAGCUCGAGCCAUACUUUCUUUUCUGACGUGGAUUCCACGGAUGCUGCCAGUACUUCAGGUUCAGCCACAACCAGCCUGUCCUAUGAAUCAAGAAGGAACCUGGGCAGCCGGAAGCGUAAGCUGACAUCCAAAAGCUACACAACUAUUGAGAUGAAGCAGAAAUGUGUGGAGGGCCCCCAGAGGGUCACACCCGGCUGCUCCUCAGAAGACAGUGAGGCAACCAGUGGCCCAGAUCGCCCAGAGAACCCCACCGAGGGUCAUGCUUUCGAGAGCCUGAGUGAAGGCAACUCAUCGUUCUCCUACCUCAGGUCAUCAAUCAACAACUAUUUUGGCGCUGCUGGCAGGCUGGUGUGUGGGGAAAAGUACCAAGUGUUAGCCCGUAGGGUAAACCCAGAUGGCAAAGUUGAGUAUCUGGUGGAAUGGGAGGGCACCACCCCCUACUGAGUGUCUGGGGUGGCUUGCCCUUGAGAAAAGAAAGUGUUUGGGGGAAAUAAACUCAGAGGAGUCGUGCGAUCAGAUGUAAGCUACGUUAUGCUUAUUUUGGGCAGCACAAUCAAAAUGUGUCCUCUGAACACCAAUACAAGAGCACUCUGGGGUGGGGUUUGGGAAAUACUUUGAUGAGGUGCCUUCAAUAGGCUUCAUUGAAAGAACGAUUUUUGCAAGCUACAGAUUAAAUGGAAUCAUGUUGCUUUGUAACACUACUUCUCUACUAGGGUGAGAGAAGAAGUGAAUGGGUACAAACGAUGUAUUUUAUUUGUCAAAAGAAGGGCAAUAUCUGCCAUUUCCAGAAGGACUCUUCUCUUUCAAACAUGGUGACAGGCAGAGAGGGAAAUUGAUACUGCCAUUUUGGGAUGGGACGGCAGGCGAAACUGUCCAGGUUGCUUAACCAAGCAGGGGUGGGUCCUUGGUUCUUGGCAGGGAGGAUGAAGUGACAGAAAUAUUUAAGAAUGGGGGUGGAGGAAAAGAUUCACCAUCUACCCCCAGAAGCCAAGUUUGAUAAGUGGGCAGAGUCUCCCACUGAUGACCUGUUUCUUGCCCAUGCAAUGAUCAGCUGAUUGUUGGGGAAUUGCAUAAGUCUGGGUGAUACUUUGCAAGCCCUGGCCAAUUAGCAUCAGUGCCCACAGAGCACAGUGCAUUGUAGAUACAGCUGGUUGGCAGUGCCUGGAAAAAAAAAGCUUUUAGCCCAGCCAUGCUUUUAUCUGCCAUGCAUCUGAUGUCGGUUCAGUUUAGCUGGGCACCAGCCAAAGCUGCUUUUAGGCUCCAGUGUCCCUUGAACCCACUUAUCUAUGCUAUGCAUUUGAAACUGGUUCAAAACCAGUUUUGACAGCCAUAACUUUCCUAUGCCCAACUUUGUGGGUGGUAGUUCUGAGAGGCAGUGGGGGAAUCUUUGUCGAAGGUUUGUAGUCCCAUGCAGGACUUCUGUUCCCAGAAUUCCUUAGUUGAGAGUUAAAUUGGUUUAAGCUUGUAGAGUUGAGGUGACAUUCAAUAAGAGAUUCGCUUAAAGCUUAUCUAAACCCUUGGCUGUGCUGAGGGGACUAACUGGGAUAUAUGGGAGAACAGGGUAUAGUUGGUCAGUGAUCACAGAGAAUCACAGAGCUGGCCAUCUAUUCCAAUCCCCUGCAAUGCAGGAAUCACAGCCUGUGAGGGCUGUUGUGUUGUGAACAGGGCCGGAUUUAGGUUUGAUGAGGCCCUAAGCUACUGAAAGUAAUGGGGCCCUUUAUAUGUCCAGCUGUCCUUUGUCAACAACAAACUGUCGCUGUAUUUGUGUUGAAUAUAUGCUAUAUAUAUUUAUGGACCUAACAGGUAUCUAAAGCCAUUUGCCACUAUUGCUGCAUGUAGGUUUUAUUUUAUUUUUAUCUUAUAUUUUGGAAAUGUACAUCCAGGUUUUUUUCUUUAAUUUUUUUUGGGGGCCCCCAAGAGAGUGGGGCUCAAAGCUAUAGCUUGUUUAGCUUAUACGUAAAUCCAGCACAGGUUGUGAAUGUGCUUGGUUGCUGUGAAUAUAACUGUGGCUGACCCAGCAUUUUUUGGAAGACCAGGUUACAUGUUUUCUGUGAGAAAAUGGCACAAAUGAGGCCUGGUCUGCAUAUCCAGGAGAAUGAGGUGGUAGAAUUUUAAUGUGGUAGGGUGGACUGUAAGAUAAAAAAGGUAAAGGACCCCUGGAUAGUUAAGUCCAGUCAAAGGUGGCUAUGGGGUGCAGCGCUCAUCUUGUUUUCAUGCCGAGGGAGCCGGUGUUUUCCACAGACAGCUUUCCAGGUCAUGUGGCUGUACCAAUACAGACUGCAAGACAGGGGGAUGAACACAUGUUUGAAUGCUUCCCCAUAUGGAACAAUUCCAUCCAAGCAGAAAGUUAGAAUAUCAGGGAGUCAGGUUCUUAGCCAGCUAGUUUUCUACUUAUGGGGAGAUAUAUAGAGGGAAAUAUAGAUAUAGAACAUAUGGGAUUAUUUUUUAUGGAAUUUACUCUUAUGUCUGCAGUGGUCCAGUUAAUUCUUCUGCCUUGCAACUGGACCACUCCAGAUUCUAUUGUGUGUGCAAGCAAGGCCUGAAAUUAUGGUUCUGAUAGGUAUGUGCAAUAUGACAAGUCUUUGAGGAGGAGCUGGGUGGCCAGGGAAAGAGGAGGCAGGGAGGAAGAGGCAAUAAUAAUAGACAGGUAGAAUCAACUGAAAAAAAGUUCCAUUCCGAGCAUCCUACAAAGAUUCAGGUGGAAGCAGGAGGAGAAUUAGGGAUAAAUGCGAUGCAACCCAACCUCUUUUGUAUGUCUGAAGCUAUAUGUGUGAAAGUUUAUGGUAUUUGCUUUUAUCCAUGAAGGUAAAGCAGUAUUAGCUAGGCCUGAGCCAAAAGCCCCCCCCCCCCAAUCUCAAAUCUGACACCUUGUCUGUAGGAUGAAAAGUUGGGACUCUUAUCUGAUUUUUGUGGUGGGGACUGUAAAGUUUGCCAGGCAACUGUGUUCCUUGUUGCUGCCAGGACCAUUUUUCAAAUCAACAGUUCCUGAGUGUGGGAAUAGGAAGCCUGAUUUGGCUUCAGAUGUCAUUGUUCAACCAAAACUCAUUACUUUACAUCAGGCAUCCCCAAACUGCGGCCCUCCAGAUGUUUUGGCCUACAACUCUCAUGAUCCCUAGCUAACAGGACCAAUGGUCAGGGAUGAUGGGAAUUGUAGUCCAAAACAACACAUGGUGUUGUGAUGAAGUCAAAACAGAGUGAUGGCAGGGGGCAUUGCUGCCUUUGCUCUGAUUUGGCUUCAGAUCUCAUAAUUCAGCCAAACCCCAUUAGCUUGCAUGGUGUUAUCAUGGAGCCAAAUUACAAUGAGGCAGGAAGAAUCAAAUUUAUUACUGUACUAUUUGCUUUCUCUGCAGGAGGGAUGGUCAACUGCCAGCCUGUGGGUUGGAACUGGUCCCUGAAGCAACUUUUAUCUGGUCCUUGGCAGUCCUAUCCAGUUUUAAUCAAAUAGCACACUAAAAGCAUGUCCACACUUUCGCUCAUAUGAAAAGGGGUCAGAAAUAAAGCGAUUUGGCUUCAUGAUGACAGCACAUUAAGCUAGUGAGGUUUGGCUGAACAAUGGUGUCUGAAGCCAAAUCAGAGUGUAGGCAAAGCUUCCUCCCUUUGCUCUGAUUCAGCUUCAUGAAGACACCAUGUAACCAAAUGAGAUUUGGCUGAGCGACAGCAUCUGAAACCGCAUGAGAACAAUGCAGUCCUAUGCAAGUCUACUUGGUGGUAAGACCCACUGGGAGGUAGUCAACUAAGUUUGACUUGGAGUAGACCCAUUUAAAUGAAUGAGCAUCACUAAGGGAGCAAUCGUGCGUAUGGGAAGGCGGUGUAAAGUAAGCCACAUCCAAACUCUGUUCGGGAGUGGGGCUACCGCUAUCUGAGCCAGCCAAACCAAAACAGAGGGGAUUGAGGCUUUAAAACAGAGUUUGAGUUUUGCCAGCUUACCUUAGGUCAUGUGACCAAGCUGGCAUUGCCCCCCCCCACUCUCGCAGAAUGACCCCUUUCCAGGUCUCAUGCACAUUUUGCUGGGGUGAGGGACUUACGAAGCUGGCGUAUCUCUGGCUGAGCUGGGGCUGGGGGCUUAUGCCAGCAUAGCCCAGCAAAGCCAGAGAUCAGCCACAUUGUAGUCUGAUGGAUCUUUGUGGAUCUAGGGUUAGGGUUCUGCCCUAAACUUGCACCAUUAACUUCAGUAGGUUUACUCCAAGGAAAACUUGCUUUUGGAGCUUCCUCCAAAAGAAGCAUGUUUAGAACCGCAGCCUUGAUAUUAACAUAUUUUAUUUUCAGUGUUUUCUGGCAUCCACUGCCUACAACGGAGCUCAUUGUGCCAUUAAGUGUGAACCACUAGGUGGUGCUAAUGUUGUUAUGGAGCCAAAUCAAAUGAUGACUGGCCAGUUUGUGCGUCUAAACACACCUCUGGCUUCUGCACCAAUGUCUGUGGGUUUAAUGAUUCAAGUGCAGGUGUGACAGAAUGAUCUCUGCCAGGAAUUUAAAAACAAAGCAGGGGAGAAGCACCACCAUUUUGGAGUUAGCUGAGCUCCCUUCAGUUUCCAACAAGGGUUCUCCAUCACACAAGGCUCUCUCGGGAGAGCACCUCUAAAUUCAAAUACAGGCCAUAUUCAUGUUGAUACCACUUUAAAUGGCCAUGAC